GUGUGUGUGUGUUUGGGCAGGGCUGCAGUGAAGCGCAGCUGAUGUGUGUGAUUCUCUGUCAGACGGAUCUUCUUGUGUUUCGGUGGAAAUCGGUGAGAUAUUCUGAGCUUAUGAUUUCAUCCAUAUGUGUUCAUGACGGAGCCGCCUUUAUCUUUUAUUCAUUUGUGGAGACCGCAGAGAUUUGCACCGGGACUGACAUUAUGCGCUCGGUAACCGGGUGAUGCUGAUGCUGACAUCUUCCAUCAUCCAUCUGCUUUAACGGGAAUACUGCGCUCGUUCAUUAUCCAUUCAUCUCGUAGACGGAUUCAACAUGUCCAUGAAAGCCAAAAACGGCGAGGCGGUGAAGGUGGUGGUUCGGUGUCGCCCGCUCAACCGUAAAGAGGAAUCGAUGGGGUAUGAGCAUAUCGUGCAGAUGGAUGUGAAACUGGGCCAGGUGGCCCUGCGGAACCCCAAGGCGGGUCCGGGAGAGCUGCUCAAGACCUUCACGUUCGAUGCGGUUUACGACGCUUGUUCCAAACAGAGCGACCUGUACGACGAGACGGUCCGGCCGCUCAUCGACUCGGUUCUGCGCGGCUUCAACGGCACCAUCUUCGCGUACGGACAGACGGGAACCGGGAAGACGUACACCAUGCAAGGCCAGUGGCUGGACGCCGAGCGCCGCGGCAUCAUCCCGAACUCGUUCGAGCACAUCUUCACGCACAUCUCGCGCUCUCAGAACCAGCAGUACCUGGUCCGGGCCUCUUAUUUGGAGAUCUACCAGGAGGAGGUCCGCGACCUGCUCACCAAAGACCACAGCAAGAAGCUGGAGCUGAAGGAGAGCGCCGACUCAGGGGUCUACAUCAAAGAUCUGUCCUCCUUCGUCACCAAGAACGUGAAGGAGAUCGAGCACGUGAUGAACGUGGGGAACCAGACCAGAUCGGUGGGCUUCACCAACAUGAACGAGCACAGCUCGAGGUCGCACGCCAUCUUCAUCAUCACGGUAGAGUGCAGCCAGCUUGGGCCAGACGGACAGAACCACAUCCGCGUUGGCAAACUCAACCUGGUUGACCUGGCGGGCAGCGAGCGACAGACCAAGACUGGCGUCCAAGGAGAACGUCUGAAGGAGGCCACCAAGAUCAACCUGUCCCUCUCCGCUCUGGGAAAUGUAAUCUCUGCGUUGGUGGACGGGCGAAGUUCUCACGUUCCCUACCGUGACUCUAAACUCACGCGGUUGCUUCAGGACUCAUUGGGCGGGAACGCCAAGACCAUCAUGGUGGCCACUUUGGGACCGGCCUUCUACAAUUACGAGGAGACCCUGACCACCCUGCGUUACGCCAACCGCGCCAAGAACAUCAAGAACAAGCCUCGUGUCAACGAAGACCCCAAAGACGCCCUCCUGAGGGAGUUCCAGGAGGAGAUCGCCCGGCUGAAAGCGCAGCUGGAUAAACGCGGCAUGCUCACCAAGAGGAAGAGGAGGAGCAGGAGCCUGAGGAAGACCGGAGAAGGAGGAGAGGAAGAGGUAGAGGAGGAGGAUGUUGAAGAUGAUGAUGAAGAAAGCGUGGAGAAGGAGGCGCAGGAGUACAUGAAGGAGCAGCAGGAGAAGCUGGAGAGAGAGAAGGAGGCCAUCAGAGAUGAUCAUUCUCUGGUGGCGGAGGAGAAACAGAGACUCCUGGAAGAGAAAGAGAGGAUGAUGAGACAUCUGACGAAGGAGCAGGAGGCCACAGAACUCCUCACAGCCAAGUUUAAGGCAAUGGAGAGCAAGCUGCUGGUUGGUGGGAAGAACAUUAUUGAUCACACUAAUGAGCAACAGAAGAUGCUUGAACAGAAAAGACAUGAGAUUGCAGAACAGACACGCAGAGAGAGAGAAAUACAGCAGCAAAUGUUGGCUCAGGAUGAGGAAACACUAGAACUCAGAGAAACAUUCUCCUCACUGCAACAAGAAGUGGAAGCAAAGACUAAGAAACUCAAAAAGGUGAUGGAUGAUCUUCAGUCUCUGAAGGCUGACAUUCAGGAUGUGAAUGAUGAACAUGUGAGGAGCCGACAGGAGCUGGAGCAAACACAGAAUGAACUGACCAGAGAACUCAAAUUCAAAUAUCUGAUUAUAGAGAACUUUAUACCUCCUGAAGAGAAGAAUAAAAUCAUGAACAGACUUCAGUUUGACGCUGAGGAAGACCAGUGGAAGUUUCAGCCUCUCGUUCCUGCAGAGAAUAAAUUCACACAAAUGAAGAGAAGACCCGCCUCCGCUGUGGGAUACAAGCGACCAAUCAGCCAGUACGCCAGGGUUGCCAUAGCGAUAGGAGCUCAUUCCAGAUACAGGGCGGAGAAUAUAAUGGUUUUGGAACUGGACAUGACUCCUCCUGUCGUGUUUCAACUGGACCUCCCAAAGUUUGGAUCAGAGGUGGAAUCGUCCCGAGAUAUUCUGUUGGACAACACCAGUUACAGAGAGAAAUCAGCGGCUGGACGGGUCAGAAAAUCUCAGUCAUGGGCUCUGGACGGGAGGCAGCUGAUUGGCUGGAGGAAGGAUCUACAGGGUUCCCACAGGCUCAUGGAAAACCUGGAAAUGUUAAAAGGUGUGGGAACCCUGGCUCUAGAAGAACUUGUGCUCUAG